UGGCUCACUGGAAUCUCUCUCUUCUCUUCGGCUCCACAGUCCUUUGGGCCACGCUGAUUCCACGCAGUGCCUUUCCGACAGGGGCUCCUGCCUCGGCCUGUGAGAAUAUGUUACCUGUGCACACUGGGGUCCAGCCCCAACAAACUCGGUCUCCCUAUGAAUUUCUGGUGAGCUCACCGUCUUUCCUAAAUGGGCAACCAAUUAACAUUCAGAUCCUUGGGCCUGCAUACAGAGGACUGUUGUUAGAGGCUCGCUCAUUUGGAUCCAACACUGCACUGGGCUUUUGGAAGACUCCACCCAACAACACAAAAUUCUUGCAGUGCUCUGGAAACCCACGUGGAGCAGUGACUCAUUCCAACACCAAUAUAAAAACAAGGCAGACUACUUAUACAUGGCUCCCACCUAACUCUGGCUGCCCCCCAGUGGUUAUGUUCAUGGCAACGGUCGCCCAGUCUCAUGAUUUCUACUGGACCAAUGUCAAGUCUAAAGUGAUCUGGAAAAAUCCCAAAGCUACAUGUGGAGCUGAGAUGCUGGCCAGAACAUGGCCUGCUGCAGCACUGUUACCAUCUCUGCUGCUGAUUUUCCUUGUAUACCUUUAGAGACCCUUACAAGAAGGGCUACUUAUUAGUUGUGAAUGAAUCAAAACAGAGUUAUCAUUUUUGUUUAAAUAUAGGGGGAAAUCCUCUUUUCAGCUCUUCCCUAAGACAUGAAUGAUGUUCCAGCAGGCAACUUUAUAUAGAGUUUCUGUUUCUUAUAAUAUAGGGCAACUUUUCUAGCCCCUAGAAUGGGAGAUGUGAAAACAGGACAUUUUGUAUUUAGUGAAAAUAUGAUUCCAUUGGUAACACUAUAGAUUUUCAGUGUCCCAAUAAAUCCUAUCACAGAUUUUCCACAUUAUCUGGUUUGCUGUAGAACUUUUCAGAUUUAUU